CUCCGGAAAGAGCCGAUCGCCGGCGGAGGCAGCCGAAGGGCGGCGGGGCGGGGCGGGCCGCGGGGGACGAUGGCGCAGCAGGUCGAGCAGCUGCGGGCGGACGGCGUGCACAAGGAGGUGCUGCGGGAGGGCACCGGGCCGCUGCCCGACUUCCGCGACGGCACCAAGGCCACCUUCCACUACCGGACGCUGCGGUGCGGGGAUGAGGAGACGCCGCUGGACGACAGCCGGGCGCGGGGGAAGCCCAUGGAGCUGAUCGCCGGCAAGAAGUUCAAGCUGCCGGUGUGGGAGGCGGCCCUGCGCACCAUGCGGCCGGGCGAGCGGGCCCGCUUCCGCUGCGAGGCCAAGCACGUGGUGCUCUACCCGCUGGUGUCCAAGAGCCUGCGCAACAUCGCGGCGGGGAAGGACCCGCUGGAGGGGCAGCGGCACUGCUGCAGCAUCGCCCAGCUGCACGACCACUACUCCCUGGGCUACCCCGACCUCGACGAGCUCCAGAAGAACCCCCAGCCCCUCAUCUUCGACAUCGAAGUGCUCAAGGUGGAGGCACCCGGCUCCUACCAGCAGGACCCAUGGGCCAUGACGGACGAGGAGAAGCUACAGGCCGUACCCCUGAUCCACAAGGAAGGCAACGAGCUGUACCGGCAGGGCAAGGUGCAGGAGGCAGCUGCCAAAUACUACGAUGCCAUCGCCUGUCUCAAGAACCUGCAGAUGAAGGAGCAGCCUGGCUCUCCGGACUGGAUCGAGCUGGACCAGAAGAUCACCCCCCUGCUGUUAAAUUACUGCCAAUGCAAGCUGCAGUGUGAGGAGUACUAUGAGGUGCUGGAUCACUGCUCCUCCAUCCUCAACAAGUACGAGGACAACGUCAAGGCCUACUUCAAGCGGGGGAAGGCCCACGCGGCCGUGUGGAACGUGACGGAGGCACAGGCUGACUUCGCCAAAGUGCUGGCCCUCGACCCCUCGCUGCGCCCCGUCGUCUCCAAGGAGCUGCGGAGCCUGGAAGCCCGCCUGCGGGAGAAGGACGCUGAGGACAAGAUCCGCUUCAAGGGCAUCUUCUCCCAGUAGAGCCCGCGGCCGCAGCGGAGAGCCCGACGCUCUCGGAACAGGUUCUUUUUAGAUAUUCCACAUGUGGAAUGUUCAUUGAUGUUUAUUAAUGUUUAAUACAAAUUUUACUUAUUUGAAGUCAUUUGAAGUGGCCCCGGGAGCUCGCCACGGCCCCGUGACACGGCAGUGCACUUAAGUCGCAGUAUUACGCAGCGUAUAGCAAUCGCGGCAAUGUAAAGUGCAAUGUAAAGGUGAAGCUCCUUGCUGGGCUUCGGCUACGCUCAUUGUCACGCCGGGAAGGGACAUGUAGGGUGACACUGAGCUCAAGCCCGCUGCUUUCUGCCAAGUCCUUUUCUUUGUUUGAUGUUUUUAUACUUUACGUUGGGCUGAACCACCGCGCCUGGGGCUGGCCGAGCUGUUCACGGCCGCGGUGCCGAGCCUCGGCCCCGUCCUUUCCCCUUCCUGCCUGUACUCCGCGCCACGUCCUGCAUCGUCACUUCUCAAGGCCGCUGCUAUCGUCCCAAGCCGGUGUUUCCUCUAAACUACGUCACCGUGUCAGCGUCGUAAAUAUUUUAUAUAGACUAACUGCUCGUUAUUGCUAUCUGUAUAAAACUCUGGUCAUGUUAUGCCACGAUAAACAAAAGUAAAACUAGUCACAGGCA